UACGUGGCGGCACAUCCAUUUCGCGUUUGCACUACCGACGGCUAAGAUGGCCCAAACGGCACGCACCGCCACGGGAAGACGUCCGGGUCCGGUGAAUGACUUUCACAUCUCGCAGAAGCAACGUUCCAAAUCCGCGAAUCCCACCCAGCUCCGUCCGCUGAGUGGCAUCCAUGGGGCGGCAGUUUCCUCCCGACCUCGCUACGUGCCGCCCUUUUCCAUUCAGUCGCAGCAAAAGAACACCGUUGUCAUCGAUGGCCCCAUCCACGAGUGUGCCCCAAAAACCGCGAGUGCCAGGGGGCGUAACCCCAACCCAAAAAGUCUGCGACGGCAACAGAAGUCCAUGUCCACCUUUAAUUUGGGUUUGGGAAUAAAUGGGUGUACCCAGGGUGGAGGCAAUGAUCCAGGUCGAGGCACCCUCUUUCGGAUGUACUUUGAUCGUGGUGACUUGCCCAUCAAGAUGGAGUACUUGUGUGGAGGCGAUAAAAUCGGAUGGACGGUGGACAUCGACAAGCUGGACUACAGCCUCUACUUGCCACUGUUCUUCGACGGAUUGGCGGAAACGAAGCAUCCAUACAAGACCUAUGCCCGCCAGGGAGUCACGGACCUGCUGCUGGCCGGAGGCGAAAAAAUACACCCAGUGAUACCGCAAUUAAUUUUACCUUUGAAGAACGCACUGAGCACCCGUAACCUGGAGGUAAUGUGCACGACAUUGAAGAUAAUCCAACAGCUGGUCAUGUCCUCGGAUUUGGUGGGCCCUGCCCUAGUUCCCUUCUACCGACAAUUGCUGCCCAUGUUUAAUGCCUUUAAGGUGAAAAACUUGAAUUGUGGUGAUGAAAUCGAUUAUGCCCAGAAGAACAACCUAAAUCUUGGCGAUCUUAUCGAUGAGACGCUCCAGGUCCUGGAGCUCCAUGGCGGCGAAGAUGCUUUUAUCAAUAUCAAGUAUAUGGUUCCGACCUACGAGUCCUGCUAUUUAAAUUAAUUUACGCUUCAUGGUUUU